UUGAGGAGCCAGGUGCUGGGGAGCUGGGGCGCUGGCUUUCCCACGUCCCCUGUCCCCCCAGGAGGGCUGGGGGACCGGCCGAGCCCUCAGUUUUCUGAUGAACACGGAGUCAUCUCUGACCACCGGCCGAGUGCCUGAAGACCUCCUUUAGUGCCCACCACCUCAUCGCUGGCUAGAGAGAAAAAACCCCACGAAAAUCGAAUUUGGAGAACAAGCGUGGUGUUUCUUGACUGCUGGGCAGAGGAGGAAGACAACGUGGAAGGUGGAAAAGUGGGCUGGGAAGAGGCAGACAGGAGGGCUGUCGGCCUAGCAACUCAGGAAGCUGAGAGCCGAAGAUCAUGGUUCAGGGCCAGCCCGGGCCGGGCCAGGCCCCUCUUUAUUAUCUCCCAUGAACGGGCCACACGUCCGCCGUGCGGUUCCGGCUCAGAGCAACCCCUGGAGAGGAACCCAGAGAAGGUAGAGGAGCAGCAAGCGUCGAGGUCCUGAGUUCAAGGCCCAGGACUGGCUCCAAAACGUUAACCAGGAGUUCUACAUCACCAAGGCGCUCAUGCCAGAGAGCGUGCGGACGAAGCUCCAGCCCCGGCAGCCGUGACCCCGGAGUCCCCGCGGGGACCCCGACUCUCGCCAUGCGGCCCCCAGCCCGCCUCGUGAAGCUAGUGAUGGCCGACAUCCUGCUGUCGUGCGCCCAGCUUCCCGGGACGCGAGGCGCCGAGAGCUGCGGCCACGCCGAGCACUGCCUGACCACAGACUGGGUCCACCUCUGGUUGCUGGUGGUGACGGGCGCGCUGCUGCUGCUGUGCGGCCUGACCUCCGUGUGCUUCCGGUGCUGCCUGAGCCGCCGGCGGGGCCUGGAGGACGGCGGCCCGCCGCCCUUCGAGGUGACGGUCAUCGCCUUCGACCAGGACGGCUCGCUGCAGAACACCAUCUCCUCGCUGCCGUCCGUGCUGGGGCCCGCAGCCCGGAGACUGCUGGCCGCGGCCCAGCCGCACGCCGCCCCGGCGCCGCCGCCCUGCGGCCCCGACGCGCUUCCCGGCUACGAGGAGGCUCUGCGCAUGGCCCGCUUCACCCCGGCUGCGGAGCGGCUGCUCAGCCCCGCCACCCCAGCUCGGGACACCCAGGCCAAAGCCGCAGAUGGAAGCGCGGGUGGAGUGGCAGAGAACCAGAGUUCAGCAAAAAGCCACCGGAGAGCGCAAGGCCGCGAGUUCAAGGCCCGGCCGGAGCGGACGGCCCCGAAGAGCUUUGCCGGGCUUCCUUCCCGGCUGCCGCUGCCCCCGGGUUGCGCCUCGUGGGGGGCUUCUCUGCCACCUGGCGGACACUCGGGGAAGUGCGUCCUCGGCUGA